GACCCAAAGCCGCAGAAGAAGAGGAAGAAAAAUUUCAGUCUUCUCAUUUCUCUCGGCUGAAUUUUCACAGUUGGUCUCUAAAACAAUGUUGGAGCCUGCUGGAUUUUCGUAAAAGUAAAAAGGUCGCUGCUUUGUUCUUUCUCGCAAACUAUGGAACCCAACUCAGUUCUUCUACACUCAAGGACGAUACCAUUCUGUGUUGGCUCCCCAAAUGGCAGCAAACUCUCUCAGAGACCUUUCAACAAACAUCUACAAGUCCAUCUUCUAAACCACACCCCACGCUUUCUCCAAAGCGAGAAGCUUAUCAAAACACCACCUAGUUGCUCCUUUUUUGGACAGCCAUUGUUGUCAUCGCCGAAAACAACAAGAACCAAUCUGUUACCUCCACUCAGUUGCUCACAUUCCAACGCCACAAGGCCAGAAUUUCAAAACCCACUUCUUAAACCCCUUAAAAACCUUGAUUCGUGGAAAGCUGCCUUUCCCCAGUUGACCCCUUACGAUAUCAUCAAGUGGUCUGGGAUCUUGUCUAUUACUAUUGCCGCCACAAAAUGGACUGUGAAUUUGCUUUUGAAUCCCUUCUUCUGGAUGUACUUCAGCUGGACUUGGUUGUUUUGGCCAUGGUUUGUGGCCAUAGUGGUUGCGGUUUAUGGAUUAUACUGCUUCCGAAAGCAUUUGCUAGGUGAAGCUAAGAUAUUUGAGCAACUGGCUAUUGUUACUGCAGUAUUCACUUGGCUCACGCUUGUUCCGCCUGCCUUUUUCAAUGGGUUUCUUGAAGGAUGGCCUUUUGUGUUCUUUUUCGUGUACCACUAUUUCUUUUUCUUCAAUGUUAGCAUUAGGAAACGAUUAUAUGGGGAUUACUUUGUUCGCCCCCAUGACCCCAAGUGGGAUGUGAGCCCGCCAAAGAGGUACCGCUUCUUGUUUUGCAUCGGCGUCAUGGUGGGACAUUGGCUGGCGGCAUUUGAAGGGCCGGAGUUGCACCGCAUUCCGGGUGGGUGGAGCAAUGUGGGUGUUUGGAUUAUGAUAUUGGUGACUCUUUUAAUGCAGUAUAAUGCAACAUUGUAUCUUGCAAAGUAUUCAGAAAAGGUUGUGGUUCCUACUGCUGUUGUGCAGUUUGGACCAUAUAGAUGGGUCCGGCAUCCGAUAUAUGCAUCCUUGAUGCUUCUGUUUGCCACUUACUGCAUUGCGCUUCGAGCACCUUUGAGCUCGCUAUUUGUUGUUGCAGUUUGUGUAUUGUAUUAUGAGCAGAAGGCGAAAAUGGAGGAGGCUAUGAUGGUUGAGACUUUUGGUGAGAGUUAUUUGGAGUAUGCAAGUAAAGUGAGAUACAAGUUCAUCCCUUUUGUUUAUUAGUUGGUCGCUGCAGAUGUCAAUUAUGCAGUAUGAAGUUCUUAAAAUUAUAUCAUGUUCAAAAACUUGAACUUUGAAUCAAAUGGGAAAAUGCUAGAUUAUAUACAAAAGCUGUGUAUCACUGUUCGGUAAUUGCUAUCUUCCAUUUUGUUUCUUAAGCCUCUUAUUAUGUUAUUUUAUUUGUUUUCA